UCGUCGCGUUCCGUCAAAACUCAAAAGUCCGCCCGACAAGCGGCGCCAGCACCAACAUCAUUUCCGCUCACGCCUCCUCGAAUCCGCAGCGCAGCGGGGAUGGCGGAGAUCCCGGUGAUCGACCUGCGCCUGGCCGGCUCGGCGGCCGAGGAGUCCGCGCGGCUGCGCGCCGCGUGCGAGCGCCUGGGCUGCUUCCGGGUGACCGGCCACGGCGUGCCCGCGGGGCUCCUGGCCGAGAUGAAGGCCGCCGUGCGCGCGCUCUUCGACCUCCCCGACGACGCCAAGCGCCGCAACGCCGACGUCAUCCCCGGCAGCGGCUACAUGGCGCCCAGCCCCACCAACCCGCUCUACGAGGCCUUCGGGCUCCUCGACGCCGCCGCGCCCGCCGACGUCGACGCCUUCUGCGCGCUCCUCGACGCGCCGCCGCACGUCAGGGAGACCAUCAAGACCUACGCGGAGAAGAUGCACGACGUGAUCGUCGCCGUCGCCGGCGAGCUGGCCUCCAGCCUGGGGCUAGUAGCAGAGGAGCACUCGUUCCAGGACUGGCCGUGCCAGUUCCGCAUCAACAGGUACAACUACACGCACGAGACGGUGGUGGGCUCCUCCGGCGUGCAGAUCCACACGGACUCGGGCUUCCUCACCGUGCUCCAGGAGGACGAACGCGUCGGCGGCCUCGAGGUCCUGGACCCGGCCACCGGCGAGUUCGUGCCCGUGGACCCCGUCGCGGGCUCCUUCCUCGUCAACAUCGGCGACGUCGGCACGGCGUGGAGCAACGGGAGGCUGCACAACGUGAAGCACCGGGUGCGGUGCGUCGCGCCCGUGCCGCGCAUCUCCAUCGCCAUGUUCCUGCUCGCGCCCAAGGACGACGGCGUGAGCGCGCCGGAGGCGUUCGUGGACGCGGACCACCCGCGCAGGUACAAGGCCUUCACUUACGGCGACUACCGGAAGCUCCGGCUGUCCACCGGAGAGCACGCAGGCGAGGCGCUCGCACGGAUGGCCGCGUGACGUACGUGGUCACGCGGUUGGAGCUGCAAAUUGGAACGCCUACACCUACACGAGUAGAGUAGAGAGUCCUACGGAUCGCUUGUCUCAUUGAAACGUCGCGUGUGGGGGAGAAGGAUGACUAUAUCGUGCUACCAUGUGAAUUGCUACCGAGCAUGGUCAAUAAAAUCUUGCCCUGGAACGAGUCUGAUCACCA